UGUGUAAAUCUGAAUUAUAGUGUGAUUUAACAAAUCUGAAUAUUACGCAGCAUUUUAUAGUUUUUUAAUGAUUAAGUUGUAUUACUUUGAAUAAUUUUAUUAUAUUUGUGCAGGCAUACCAGACAUAGGUCAAAACAUUGACAAAUGUGGUUGAAUUAUUAAAGCAAGAAAUUGGUAUUAAAUAAAGAGAUUUUUGGAACUGUUGUAUAAAAGUCAUAUCACAUAUUAAGUUAUGCUGUUCUGUAUAUAUUAGUACAUCUGCAGCCACCUGUGUCCUCGUGACCAUAUUACAGCCGUGCUGCUAUUAGACCAUAAUAUUCUUGGGUCAUGUGACACUGGUAUACAGGCUAUGUUUGUGACUGCCAAGGUAAUGUUGCAGCAUUCUUCCACUCCAUAGUAACAUUCCACGUUGUUGUUAAGCAACUCUUCAGGUAAAUCUGGAUUCCCAGCUUCAAGAAUGAUAGACAUGCUUUCUUGACAGUGAGUAAGUUUUGACUUACAAGAAAGAUGUGCAAAGACAAGAUCCUCUCUUUAUUUUUAAAGAUGCCAAAGCCCUCGGAUGUGAUGGUAACGAUGCCAGUACACCAGCAACAGCGGGAAUACGUCUCCAGGUUCCUGACCACCAAGCCACUGGCUCUGGGGAUUUUGGAAAUAUUGCUAGCCUUAUUGGGACUCUGUUUGACAAUCUGGACUGAGAGUUAUUUUCUUCUGUGGUCACCAAUCAGCUUCACUUUUACUGGACUUAUUACAGCCUCGGCAGCAAACACAUGUAAACCGUGUCUGGUCAAAUCCUCACAAAUGCUCAGCUAUCAAAAUGCAGCAGCAGCUGCUCUGUCUCUCCACUUUCACUUUUAUUUCACUUGGGGUGUAUCCUGCUUUCUCCUUAUGGGCUGUGAUACUCUCAUCUUCAUCUUCUCUGUUACUAUUGCGUUAACUUCCUGUUCCUGUUGUUGUAGACCAAAGUCAAGACAUGUGGAGGUCCGUUAUAUGAACACUGAUUUGCCUGUCAACCAUAUUGUGCUCGUGGGCCAGCCGGACUCUUCUGCAGUGGUGCAGUCCAUUAGUUCAGUCGUGUACAUGCUGCCGGCUGCACAUGGGCUAGUCCCACCUGCACCUCUGCCACAUUACAGUCCAGUACCAACUCUACCUCCACCAGCCUAUGAGCAGGUCUUAGCUACACCUCCACCAAACUACGGUCCAGUCCCAAGUGCACCUCCACCAGCAUAUGAGUAUGAAGAUUUACAGACGAGAAGAUGAACUAGAUCUCAGACACAAAAGGGGAUAUUUGAUGAUUACACAAUGGAUUAUAGCAAAUGGGAAUAUAUAUAUAUAUAUAUAUAUA